CCACAAGUUUUUCUUCUCCUUCCCCAUUCCUAUUUAAACUGGCUCUCAUGCAAAGCAGCUGCUUACAGCUGCUGUUGCUACUAUUACUUUGCAAUAUUAUAACGAUUGAUGCACAAGUACAGAGAUAUGAUCUUGUGCACUCGGCUCAACGUUCCACACAUUACCUACCGGCCGUCCAUUUAAAAAAACGAAGUAGGCAACCUAACUACCACAUUAAUGCUGCCCUUCAUCCCAAUGUACUCAUCGUUGUACCAGGAGACAAUGGCGCAGCAGUACCCAUAGAUUCCACCAAACCAUCGGCCACAACCGUCGCCAACGUUUCUUCGGUUUCUUCAACGGCCACCACAGCCACUACGACUGCCACUAACCAUGACACUGGAAAUUCUCCAGCUACCAUUUCAACUGCGCUGUCCUCCAACUCCACUGCGAACUACACUCAGGCUGUAGACUCGCAUCUUGAGGUUGUCUUAUAUUGCAACAUAGAUACUACCUUUUGUAAAAAGGUUGGCAAUGCAUUAGGGGCCGCAGCUUACAAGCUUGCCCAGGUGGUUCGCUUGAAAAGCAAAUUGACCAUCGAGGUUUCCUAUUACAGUUUUUGUGAUAACACUUGUUCAAACUCAACGUUGGGCUGGGGUGCACCCACAUCACAAUUUACACUGCCUAAUGUCGGAGGUGUAGACCCCAAUUACUUAUACCCACAAUCGUUGGCCAAACAACUCGCUCCCUAUAACACAACAAACUGGUCAGCCGAGGAUAUCUCCAUCGAGUUGAAUCAUGAUGCUUAUAUGUCAACCAUUGACUUGGGUACUGCCAAAGACGAUGGUUGGAAUGGUACCGGUGUGCCUGCAGGUGGGCACUUUUGGUUCCAGGGCGACCCAGACAUCAGAUACAAUCAAGUUGACAUGGAAUACGUCAUCCUACACGAAUUGUUGCAUGGAAUGGGUUUCAUCAGCUCAUGGGGAGCCUUCUUUUAUGCUGACUCAUCGCCCUAUCAUGCCCUGGUGGAAGACAUGUUCCAGCCUCAGCAACUGCAACUUCUCACCCCGACACCGAACGCUUACACAGACACGUCCACCGGAGCCUCCUUCAUUUAUGGCUUCCAACCCACCAUGAUCUUUGAUAAGUUCCUUGCCGCCUUCGACCCUGGUAAUGGAGAUCAAGAACCAAACUCCUUGGCUGAUUUGGUGGUUGACCUACAGCAGUUUUGCGCUAAAAAUAAUGAUGCCUUUAUUAUUAACUUUGUUCGCCAAUUCAACGUUGCUGACGUUUCCGCGAAAGCUCGCUAUUUAUGGAACAUCGCCAACACCAACAAGACACUUUUCUUCAAUUUCCCCAAUUUGACAAGCUUCAACCAAAUUUAUGGCAACCAUAGCUAUCUCAAAGCGCAUUACUCCAACCUGACUAUGUUCACAUCUGGCAGUUUGACCAACGCUACGGAAAUGACGCUCACCAAUUUCCGUCCUGGUGUGUCCAUCUCCCAUGUGGACGACAUGUAUGAAGAAACACCUGAUUUUCUCCUCCGGACAACCCCCAUCCUAGGCUCUACGUUGGAACAAAUCAUCGACUCGGUAUAUGCUAAUAUACCAGCCAUCAAUUAUACUGAAAAAGUGAACUCCACAACCACACUCAACGUUACCUAUAGAAGCGCGAUAGGUCCGGGUAUACUACAUGUGCUGGACACCAUGGGCUACUCGACGGUCCUUUCCAACAACAACUAUUCCAUCACCACUACGGAGGAUAUCAAACAAAGAAAUAUCUGUACCCCUCCUCACGUCACUACGCCUGACCAAACCACCUUGACCACGGUCAAAUCCGCAGCAGCCACUCUACCAAACCACAGUAUUCUAUUGCUUUUUGUUUCCGUCCUUUGUCUGAUAGACUUUCCUCGUAUGCUCUCCUUGUAAUAUUCACACCUUUUCCCCUCCUGUAAUAUAAAAUUUGUCAUAAAAAUUUAAAGACGCGCGCUCACCCGGAUUUUUUUAUA